CGUAAAGUGUUUAACGUGAAUCCGAGUUUUGCUGCCGAAGCCGGUAUAGCCGAUGAUCGUAUGGACGACAGUGAUAUCGACAUUGCCGCCGAUAGUCCCAUCGUGGCCGUGUGUGAAGAGAAGUAUGCUGAGCUAGUGGCGUCCCUGCCACAACCGUUGACCGGCCGAUCUCACUAUGCUGCCGUUGUGCAGAGGCAAGGUGGCAGUCUGGGUGAUGAGUAUUCAGUGGUUGCUAUGGCCGGUGGUGGAGCAGUCGCCGGAAUCGACUCAAGUUCAAACGACGGCGGUGGUGGCAAACCAGGCGCGGACAACGGUAGCGCAGCGGACACCGAUCUGGAGUCCAUCCGCGACUACCACCCGGAAGUACUCGCUAGGCGUGCGUUUGUGCGCUAUCUCUACCUGCAGCUGAAUCUUCUGCUGGCUGAUAGGCAAUCAUCGCAGGACAGGUUUGGUUCAAAUCACGAUGGUAUGAUGCGAGUGGUGCAAAGGAUGAACGGGCAUAAACACAGUGGGAACCAUGCCAAGCCUCGAUAAGCUACCACAUCGACAAUACCAGCAGCAGCGUCCGAAAGACCAGCCAGCCAAGCGCUCCAUGUCCUGCUGGGACAAGAUGAUGCGCUGGCAGACGCUGGGCGUACAGGGCGCCCUGCUGGCUCGCACCAUCCAGCCCGUACGCUUCACCUCCAUCGUCACGGCAACCAGCGUCACCCGCGACCCGUCCACCGUAUCACUGGAGCGGCGCCUGGCCCAGCUUCAGGUUCCGUCGCCGUACUCUCCCGUCGUCCCACAAUGCGUAUUGCACAUCAGCCAGACGGCGCAGCGAAACAUCUCGCGCAACUGCUCGCUCUCGUUCAACUGGUUUCCCGGUAACCCCGUCGGCACGGAUACCGAGUGCAUUGACCUGGAGACCCGGCGGACGCUGGAUGGGGUUCCGAGCCUGCGCCUCAGCCGACAGGCGUUCUUCAUGCUGCACUGCCGUCUGCACUAUGAGCUUGCGCGCUGUGAUCUUGUGGGCAGUAGUAGCCCUGCGUCCGACUUGACGUACGGUGAGGCUAAGAAACAGGACGAGGGCUACUGCACGGCGCGGCGUCAGUUCCUGGCAUGCGCUGAGCGUCGUCUUGGCAGCUAUUGGACUCACACGUGGACGUGACGGGUUUCCGUGGCUUGGCUUUCCGACGACGUCAGCAGUAUCACCGAGCCGACGCUCUAGCAAUGGUGAGAACUCGCCAUCAGCUCGAUUCGAUUAUCCAGCCGUGGUGGUAGUUUGUAUUGUGGUCACCCAGCCGUGUGCGAUAACUUUUGUUGUGGUCACCUAGCCGUGUGUGUGUUUGUGUGUGUGUGUGUGUGUGUGUGUGUGUGAGUGUGUGAUAGUUUCUGUUGUGUUGCCCUUUGCAUGCCUAGGCCGUGUGCAGAGUAAUAGUACUUGAGUUGUCUUCUCACUGCAGAAAUUAAUCCACAUUAUUAUCCGAACCAACGGCGAAGAGACGGUAACUUUCAUCCGUAGGGUUGAGUACAAAAAUACCGAUUGCAUGACGCCAAACCUUUUUCGAGCGGCAGAGUGUUAGGAAGAUUUGAAUGACUUCACAUAGUUGUUGACUAGAUCACCACCCUACAUUUCAGAUAUCACCAAUGAAUCCAUGAUAGUCUGAUGCUGUUUUUGUGUGCUUUUGUGUGCUUUUGUGUGCUUUUUUAAAUUUUUGUCUUUGCUCUACAACCAAGUCUAUCAGGUAUUUUUGUUGUGGUUUUAGGGUUCUAGCAAGCAUUCUUUUGGUGUGAGUCAUUCAACACGUUAGUCAGCUGGCCUGCUGGAUUGGCUGCUUGUUUAGUCCGUCCAUCCAGUCCAUGUUUCUAUUCCACGUAUGCAGUUACUGAGUACUUAGUACUUAGUCAGCUCCUAGAAUGGUCUCGUCUCGUUCCA